AUGAUAAGCACGAUUUUUGUGAUCGCCUGCUCGUCGAUCGCGCUGGUGCUGGCGAAACCGGCGCCGGAACCGCCGGUGAGCUCGUACUUUCCGCCCUCCGGUGGUGGCGGCGGCGGCGGCGGCGGUGGUGGCGGCGUGUCCAACAGCUACGGGCCGCCCGCCGAUCGCUACGGACCGCCGCAGCAAAAUCCCGUGAUCCACAAACACGUGUACGUGCAUGUGCCGCCUCCGGAAGCGCCUGAGUACAAAGCGCCUAAACAGGUUCCGUUGCCGCAGCCGCCGCAGAAGCACUACAAGAUCGUGUUUAUUAAAGCGCCGACACCGCCGACGCCGACCGCGCCUCAGCUGCCGCCGCUACCGCAACCGGACGAGGAGAAGACGCUCAUCUACGUGCUGGUUAAGAAGCCGGAAGAGGCGCCCGACGUUGUACUACCGACGCAAGCGCCGACGCAGCCAAGCAAGCCGGAAGUCUACUUCAUCCGCUACAAGACUCAGAAGGAGCAAGGUGGCGGCGAGUACGGCCCACCUGGGCAACAGCCGGGACAACCCAUCGACAGUUACGGAGCACCGCAUCCGGGCCCCAGCGGGCCGUACUAGAUCUCUCGUCGGACGAAGAAGCACGCACACACAAAUCGGUCCGCCGAUCUUCCAUAAAAAAAAAAAAAAAAAAAAAAACACACGGCGUCUUGGACAGUCACUCUCACGGAGACUGGUUUUUUUUCUUCUCGAUCGCGUUUCGCGCAAAAUAACCGUGACGCGAACGUCAUCGGUCUCCCGGACAAGUGGAUCUUAAUCAUUCGUAGGAGGGAUGUAUAUAUUUGCCUGUAUCUUC